CACGUUUUGUCGGUACAUUCUCUAAGAAGACGACGUGGUCUGGGGAAGACGGCGAUGGCAGUCGAAGAUGUCAAAAAACUCGGAUGCGACGCCAUGUUCACCGAGGACGACAUCGUCGAAUGGCUUCUGCCGAUACCACGAUUCCGAGUAGGUGAAUUUCCACACAUGCUGUGUAAGUGUUCUAUGAUCUUUCCGGCCUAUAUUUCAUGAUGGUAUGAAAAAAUGGAGCUGUUGCAAGCAAACAAGUCAUGAUUUAAGCUUUUUUUUGGUGAUUCCAGUGGUCACAGGGGAGACCUUUGAACCAAAUUGUGGUGACCAGUACAACAAACACCACCAACAGUUCUACCCCAGCGUAAAUUUUCUUUAUUCUAGCAAUCAUUUAUCAGAUCAUCAUCCUGUUUUCUUCUCCCUUAUGCAAUGGAAUUGUUGUGACAUUCAUGUUAAGGAAUUUGAUGAGUUCCUGAGCGUACCUCCAUUCACAACAGGUUGGCACAAUGCAGAUACUGUAUGGACUUUGAACAACCCAAAUUUCCACCCUGGGAUUUGAAAUUGUUUUGGUGGCUUUUGUUGGAAAAGUUGAACUU